AUGUCUUCGGAAACAAGCCACCAACGUCAAAAUCACUCUUUGCCAGCAGCGAAUAGCAGCACACAAACUCCCAGCACGCGCAAGCUCGCUGUUGUUUCUCUCGUGACAUUGACUGCAGCCGUGCUCAUUGCCCUGUUCUCACGCGACACCGUCAAUCUGUCCGGCAUCCGGCGACUCUUCGGAUCGUCCCGCGCCACCCGCGUGGUUACGGGUCCUUUCCCGGCAUCGGCAUCGGUUCCGGGCUCUGUCACAACAGCGACAGUUGCGACAGCAGGAGCAGGAGCAGGAACUGGGUCAAUCUCUUCUGAGAAGCAGAGCCAGUCCUCGUUGAAGAAGAUGAAGACACCGGUUUAUUUCUUGAGCCAUGGCGGGCCUAAUAUCAUGUACGACAUCGAGCACCCGGCAUACCGCAAGCUCACCGAGAUCGGGCGCGAGAUCACGACCAAGGUUAAGCCGCGUGCUGUGGUGGUAUUCUCGGCACAUUGGCAGGGUGGCCAUGAUACGAUCUAUGUGAACACAGCGGAGAUGACAGAUCUGAUCUACGAUUUCUACGGCUUCCCUGAUCACUACUAUAAAGAAGAGUAUCCCAACGUGGGCAGCAAGGAAGUGGCACAUAAAGUGCUGGAUAUGCUGCACGAAGCCCACAUUCCCGCCGAGGGAGUGAAGCGCGGGCUGGAUCACGGCGUCUGGGCUAGUUUCAAGUGCGCAUUCGAGCCAGACACCAACCCACUCAAUGUCCCCAUCGUGCAAGUCUCGCUAUUCGACACCGAAGACCCGAUCCAGCACUACCGUCUAGGCCAAGCGGUAUCGCGACUGCGCGAGGAGAACAUCCUAAUCAUCGUCUCGGGCAUGGCGGUGCACAACCUGCGCGACCUACAAUUUAGUUUCGGGAACCCGCAUCCGCUGCCGUACACAGCCAGCUUCGACGAGGCGCUGAAACAGGCCGUGACGAGUGCGCCGGCAGACCGCAUGCAGGCCAUGGCCGCGCUGUUUAAGCGGCCCGAUGCGCGCCAGGCUCAUCCGUCCUUUGACCACUUGCUGCCCAUCCACAUUGGCGCGGGGGCCGCGGGCGAGGAUCUGGGGAAGAGGCUAUGGACUCUGGGAGAGGGGAGUAUGAGUUGGGCGCAGUAUCGGUUUGGUGAUCUUGCCAAUGCCAGUAGUUCGUUGUAG